UGAAAAUCAAGAUGACAUCCAUAUUACCAUAGAUUCAUAGUUUAAAAACAAUACAAUCUUUUCUAAUUGGUAUAUUCAAACACAUUAAUUAGAAUAUCACUCAUGAUCUUCCAAAUAAAUCCUAAAACCCCCCUGGUCACAAUUUUGUAUUAUAUGCUUUAAUUAUUGGAGUAUUAUUUUUAUGUUACAAAGUAUAUAAAGCCCACAAAUUAUAAAGAAACCCAUUUUCCAAAACCCCAUUUUUCUAGCUACUUCAUUCUAUUCUCCAAACACCAUCCAAUGAAAACCCCUAUAUUUUUUCUCCUCCUCAUUUCGUUCUCCACCAUUUUCCCUCCCAAACAAUGCUUAAGCCAAACUCAAUCACCCAUCAAAAACAUAGUAGUCCUAGUCUUAGAAAACAGGUCAUUUGAUCACCUUAUAGGAUGGAUGAAAAGAUCCGUAAACCCGAACAUCGACGGUGUAGAUGGUACAGAGUGCAACCCUGUAUCCACCAAAGACCCGAGAUCAAAUUCCGUCUGCGUCACCGAUGACGCCGAGUACGUAGACCCAGAUCCAGGCCACUCCUUUGAAGAGGUAGCAAAACAAGUAUUUGGGGAAAACAGCAGCAUUCCUUCAAUGACAGGGUUUAUAGAACAGGCAAUCUCAAUGUCAGGGAAUGUUUCAGAAGCAGUUAUGAAGGGAUUUAAGCCUGAAAAUGUGCCUGUUUUUGAAAGUUUAGUUAGAGAAUUUGCUGUUUUUGAUAGAUGGUUUUCUUCAAUUCCUGGACCAACUCAACCAAACAGAUUAUUUGUUUAUUCAGGAACAUCACAUGGAGCUGUUAGUCAUGUGAAGAAACAGUUGGCUCUUGGAUACCCACAAAAAACUAUCUUUGAUUCAUUGCAUGAAAAUAAUCUGGAUUUUGGGAUUUAUUUUCAGGCAAUUCCAAGUACUUUGUUUUAUAGGAAUUUGAGAAAGUUGAAGUAUGUUUUCAAAUUUCAUCUCUAUUAUACUUUCAAGAAGCAUGCUAAUGAUGGUAAACUCCCCAGCUUAUCUGUUAUUGAACCCAGAUAUUUCGAUACCAAAGGAAUGCCAGCUAACGACGACCAUCCAUCACAUGAUGUAGCAAAUGGACAAAAGUUAGUGAAGGAAGUGUAUGAAACACUAAGAGCAAGUCCUCAAUGGAAUCAAAGUCUUUUGGUUAUAACAUAUGAUGAACAUGGUGGGUUUUAUGAUCAUGUACAAACACCUUACAUCAAUGUACCUAGCCCCGACGGCAACACUGCUCCUCCCCCGAGUUUCUUCAAGUUUGAUAGGCUUGGUGUUCGUGUUCCAACUAUUAUGGUCUCCCCUUGGAUCAACAAAGGAACUGUGAUAAGUAAACCAAACGGACCAACACCAGAUUCUGAGUUCGAGCACUCUUCAAUCCCAGCUACCAUUAAGAAAAUAUUCAACCUCAACUCCAAUUUCUUGACUCACAGAGAUGAAUGGGCGGGUACUUUCGAGGGCGUUAUUGGGAAUUUAACUUCUCCCCGAACUGAUUGCCCACAGUUUCUGCCUGAUGUAACUCCACUGAGGAAGACUGAAGCAGACGAAGAGAGGCAGCUAUCACAGUUUCAAACCGAAAUUGUUCAGUUAGCAGCUGUUCUGAAUGGUGACCAUUUCUUGAGCAGUUUCCCUAAUGGAAUGGCGGAUAAAAUGAAUGUUAAGGAAGCUCACGAGUACGUAACAGGUGCUGUGUCACGGUUUCUUCGAGCUGGGAAAGAGGCAGUUAAGCUUGGGGCUCAUGAGUCCACCAUUGUAAAUAUGAGGGCUUCCCUCACUACCAGAUCCUCUGUUCAUCAUUAAGGAAUAAUAAUCUUAGUAUACACAGUUUAAGGGUAGCCAUAGUGCUAAGUAUUAUGGUUUACCAAUAAUUAGAGGCCUUCCUAGAAAAAAGAAAUGCUUGGAAGUUAAAUAACUUGGUAGUUUUUAGUUGCGUGCUCGAGUAAUUAGUGAUUCUCCAUCCGUCCCAAAGAUUGACUUCCAUCUUUUUGCAAAUUGCAGCCAUUUAAGGUUUCAUAUUGCAAAUUGCAGUUCGCCUAAACUGUGAAUUGCAACCCGAUUAACUUUUUUAUCGGUUUACAUGUCGAAAAAUUUUCGAUUAAGGUUUUAGGGACCAUUGUAGUACUUAAGGGUCCGAAUUGAGCUCGUAAUUAGCAAAAAAAUAAAGCAAGUGUCUCGUUUUGUGUAACAAAAAUGUAUUGAUUUGUGGGAAAUUGUAAAAAUGAGAUACUUUAUUUUUUUUUAAUUCCGAACUCAAUUCAGACCCCUAAGGGCUACAAUGACAUCUAAAACAUUAAUCGAAUAUUUUUUAACCAUAUAUAUGCAGUGACCUUUAACUUUUGCGUAUAUUGCAUCUCAAAUGUGCCCUUCUUUGUGUGUUAUAGGAGAGCCUGUUAAUUUUUGCUUAUAUCUCAAAUGUACACCCGAAUGUAUAUAACAAAUUCCAAUGUUGGGCUAACCUAUCAAUAAAAUGAAAUUAUUAAUCCCUUCA